AUACCCGUACAACGGGAAAACUUCCGCAUCCACCAUCUUUAUUGUCACUGCAGGGUCUGACACCCAUUUGGAAUUCGGCACUAUCAUUCCACCCCUGUAUGUCAGCGCAACAGUGCUUUCAUGUCCCGGGGAAAGGGUAGAACUCCGAGCGAGAUCUGCUCCGAUUGCGGAGCCCCAGAUCCCAGCUGGGCCUCUGUGAACCGUGGGGUGUUGAUGUGUGAUGAGUGCUGCAGCAUCCACAGAAGUCUGGGAAGACACAUAUCACAUGUCAAGUCACUCAAGAAGGGAAACUGGCAUCCUACUCUUUUGCAGAUGGUUCAUCAGUUAGUGAGUCAGAGUACCAACAGUAUUUGGGAGCACACACUCUUGGAUCCAACACAGAACAAACAAGGCCGGAGGAAACCCAACCCCAGAGAUCAGCUACAUCCAAUGAAAGCAGAUUUCAUCAGAGCCAAGUACCAGUUCUUAGCAUUUGCUCAAAAACCCAAAGAUGAGGAAAAUCAAUCAGUAGAAGAUCUUAGCAAGCAACUCCAUUCCUGUGUGAGAACGGGCAAUCUUGAGACAACGCUGAGGUUACUGUCAUUUGGAGCUAAUCCAAACUACUUUCAUCAGGAGCGUGGUAAUUGUCCCAUUCAUGUGGCUGCCCAGUCAGGCCAGGCAACUCAGGUGGAACUAGUGGUCAUCUAUGGUGCUGAUCCAGGAGCAGUGGACAGUGGUGGAAAAACAGCUGCAGAUUAUGCAAAGGCUGAGGGCUACACGGAUUUAUCAAAUCGAAUAGUGGAACUUCAGUAUGAACUUACAGACAGAUUAGCUUAUUAUUUAUGUGGUAGAAAACCAGAUCAUAAAAUGGGACAGCAUUUUAUUAUACCAGAAAUGGCUGACAGUAGUUUAGAUUUAUCAGAAUUAGCCAAAGCAGCCAAGAAACAAUUACAAGGCUUACCUAACCAUUUGUUUGAAGAAUUGGCCAUGGAUGUAUAUGAUGAAGUGGACAGAAGAGAGAAUGAUAAAAUAUGGUUGGGCUCACAGAACCACAAUGCUCUGGUCAGUGAUAGACAAGCAGUUCCCUUCUUGCCAGUAAAUCCAGAAUUUUCUUCAACGAGAAAUCAGGGUCGGCAGAAGCUAGCCAGGUUUAAUGCUAGAGAGUUUGCAACAUUAAUCAUAGAUGUCUUGAGUGAUGCCAAAAGGCGGCAGCAAGGAAUAACUAGUCCUGUACAUACACCACGUGAUAGAGAACAAGUAAGUCUCGCCAACAGUAGCACAAAAGAAAGUCGUGGUGUGCCCAAAACUAGCAGCUUUAGUGAUGAUGAGCCUGUCUAUGAUAGCGUGGCAUCAGAUGAAGACUACAGCAGCAUAGGAGGGGAUGUGGCCAGUCUCAAGGAUUCUGACAUACAGAACACACAGAAAAAAGAAGGUGUAUUGGAGGAUGCGUGCCGCAGUUCAGGCAGCCCAACUUCUAUGAUAUCUUUCACGGAGUCUGGACAGGAAACAGUUAGCAUGGCCUCCUCAGACCAGUCCGAUGGCCCCAUUACCUCCCAAGACUACCAUGAUCUGAAGCGGGCACUAGCACAGUCUGAUUCUGUGGUCCAUCAACUUAUGGCUAAAAAUGCACAACUAGUGGAGGAGGUGAAAAGGCUUCAUAGUGCAGUACAAAGAUUAACACAAGAGAAUGCAACAUUACAAGGUCAGCAUGCCAUUGGGAGCUCGCAUGCUGUGGGAAGUGCACACAUACUGAGUAGUCCACAUGCGAGUGCUAGUGUACCGUCGUUAUCCAAUGGUUACGAUAAUGUAUCAUCCUUAAAACAACAGCAACAAUUACCCAGCACACAACCAUCACCUACACAACCUGAGUUUGAUACAGCUGUGCCCAGACGCCACAUAGGGCAGUUGUCUAGACCGCAAUCAAUGUUUGAGCCAAGAAAUCACCAUAGGCUACCCUGGCAGAAAACUUAUACUCCUUUUAGAGAUGACAAUGCAAUAGGAACAGGUUCACAUAGGAUAUCAGAAGAAUAUUCUCUGGAUGAACGGGAAUCUCCUCCAAGACAAUUCUCUAGGGAAGGCAAUGCAUCAGAUUCAGAUUAUGAUAAUGCUAAUAAGGAAACUGAAGAUAGGCAAAGAGAGUCCACUCUCACCCCAUCUCCAGAUGAAGCUGAGGGGGCAGUUGGACCUUGCACACAAGAUGGCUACGAGAUGCAGGAAGGUCUGCCCACACAAGAACAAGUAGUGAAAAAAACUGAGAUUAUUACAAAGAAAAUCCAAGAGUUGCUAAAGAAUGCACAAGAGGGAAACCAUGAAAGUUAUAGUCCCUGUGCUGACAAGAUUCUCUCAGCUGUCAGUGAAAUGACUGCAAUUUUUCCUCAAAAUGUCAAUUCUGACUGUAUUGGACAGGCUUUACAGCAGCUGGGAGGAGGAGCAGAUAGACUGUGCCAUGAAUGUAAAAGUCUGCCAAUCAAAGGGGAGGAUGGACAAUUAGACUAUGCAUCCAAAACCCCUCAAGUCAUACAGUGUGCAUUUGAUAUUGCCAAAGCAGCGAAACAACUAGUCACACUGUUUGAGAGGGCGUAAUGUAUGUUAUGUACUGUCUGUAAUGUCAUAUUAGUCUCAGAGUGCAAUGAAUUUAUCAAAAGUAGUCUCCAUUUCUGUUUAUCAGGAGUACAAAAAUAACUUUUUUGUGAUGAAUGAUAGCCACACCAGUAUAAUAGGAAUGAAUGUUAUCUUUGGUAGUAAAAACUAAAACUAUUUUACAACUUCUAAUUACAAUAGUUUUUUGAGAUGGACUUAUAAGUUGCAAUGUCCUGUAACCACAUAUCUGCAGUUGUUUGGAUUAUUUGCAGGUACAUAAAUCCUGUGUUAUGAUUUAUCCAAAUUUCUGUUUUGGAAUAGUUCUGAAGGUAUACAAAUGAUAAAGUUACGGCAGAUUAUUUUCUUCAGUUUUGAAUACUAGGUAGUGAGAAGGCUUUUCCUCCUGCUUUUUGUUAACAUUCAUAUUUUUUGUUAAUAUCUAUUUCUUUUUUUAAGGGGGCUCAGAUUUAAGGGGGUUGCAAAUUGCUUAUGUUAUUUAUGCUUCUUUGUUUUUGAACAACGAGUAUUGUUUAAUGCUGUGACCAUGCUUUGUAAUAAGCAUAACACUUAAAAAGAAUAAUUUGGCAAAUAUAGUAUUAAUGAGUGCACCUUAGUAUUGGUGCUCGCCUCUGAAUCUGUUCCACAGUGUUUCCUGGGCUAAAGAAGAUGUCCAGCAUACAGUAUAUUACAUUUGUUUUUGAGGAUCUCCUUUGGCUUUGUCAGCUACAUAAUAUUUUAGUCUGUAUUUGUAUCGAGAUGUAACUACACAUUGUCCUGUUCCUGUGGUUAAAUCUCACUGUGUGAGGUGCCAUACUCAUGAAGACUGCUUGACAAUGUUAUGAUUGUGUUAGUGCAUGGCCCACCAUGAAGAAUGGAUAUUGGUAUUUAGAAAAACAAUCAGACAUUACAAUGUUGAGCUAUGUCGAAUCUCUGGACCCGUUUUCCAGGGACCUUAAUGCACUAUUUAUUAUUAUUAUUAUUAUUAUAAGUACGUAUUUGUAGUCGACAUUUUUGUACAUAUGUAAAUGCUACUGCUACAACUGACAGUAACACUCUUUGUAUUGUAUGUAUUUAAAUGUGUAAGUAGAUAUGUAAUCCAUACUAUCCAUUGCAAUUGUAUGAUUGUGAACAUUAAAGUAAAAUAAGUUUCAAAAUUA